AUGAGCUCUUCUACUUAUACAGGGCAUAAUUUUCCAUUUAUAGAGCUUCGCUCAUUAGUUGCUCUUCUAGGAAUUGUUUCAAUAAUUCUGUCAUAUUUGACAAUUAAGUUGACUGGUGCAUCAAGAAUAUCAUGUAUUUUAUGUGCAACCUUUGUUACGGUGGAAACUUCGUUUGUAUUGCAGCAUCGUUAUAUAUUCACAGCUCCUUUAGCUUUAACAUUUUUUAGUUUGUCUAUUUACUUAUGGAAAAAACUAGAAUUAAAACAGCCAUUAAGCCUUGGUUGGCAUGCUACUGCCGCGGAGUUAGGUUUGGUUUUGGGAUGUUGCAUAAGUACUCAACCUCAUUCGCUAUUCACUCUAAAAUGGAUCUGGUUUGCCUCUGUAUAUCAACUAUGGUGGUCAUUUGGUGACAAGACUCAAAAGACUUUCAUUCGGCGACUUUUUCUUAACAUUUUGUUUAGGGUUGUAUACCUAGCUCUGGUUCCCUAUAUUAUCUAUAAUACUACAAUUGCUGCUCACUUACGGUUAACACCGUUUUCCGGGGAAGGUGACAGUCUAAUUAGCGGACCCUUUCAAUAUUCCCUUAUUGGUAACCCGAGCUCUGAAGUAGUCGGUCCAGUAGGAAUUGGCUCUUUCGUCUCUAUUAGACAUUUAAAAACCCAUGUUUAUCUUCAUUCCCAUGAUGAAUAUUUUCCUCAGGGAUCAUUCCAACAACAAGUAACUGGUUAUGGAUAUCGAGAUAGUAAUAAUUACUGGGUUUUUGAAAAUGUUACCGAUGCUGAAGCUUUAUCUCUUCCACCAAGUAAACAUCCCUUUAGUUCAUUGAAAAAUGAUACUUACGUUAGGAUACGCCAUUUGCAAACUUCAAGAAGACUUCAUACUCAUAAAAAACGAUCACCUAUCACUGAUUCCGAAUGGCAAUUUGAAGUGAGUGGCUAUGGUGCUGAAGGAUACCCGGGCGAUUUAAAUGAUAUUUGGAAAGUUGAAAUUGUAGACCACCUUUCAAAAAAUAAUGAAAGUAAACAAGAAGUUAAUGCUAUCAACUCAAUUGUGAGAUUUAAACAUCUUAUCUUAGGCUGUUAUCUUUUUACGCAUCCAAGAAAACUUCCCGAAUAUGCCCAUGAUCAACAAGAAAUAACAUGUGCUCUUCUUCAAGGAAAACCUGAGUUAACAUACUGGUACAUUGAAACAAAUUAUCACCCAAAUCAUUUACCAAAUACUAAAAAAGUCAAAUAUGAAACUCCGCCUUUCUCAGAUAAAAUGGAGGAAUAUAAAGAAGUAAUGGAAAAAGCAAGGAUUUCAGUACUAGAUGAAACUACUGGAUAUACGUUUCCCGCGUGGAAAUUACCCUUUUUAACAAAUGGUAUACCAAUUUUCAGAAGUCAUCACCGUCAAACAUUUUUGAUUGGAAAUAUUUUUAUCUGGUACAUGUCUUUAAUCGGUUUAAUAUUUUACAUUAUAUUUAGAAUAUACACACUUCUAGCUGUUCAAGGUGGUUGGAAAAAUUUUGCACCUUUACCUGAUGUUAAAGAAUAUGAUCACCAUGCUGGUGGAUUUUUUGUUCUUUGGGCCUUUCAUUAUUUGCCCUUAUUUUUGGAAUCUAGGGCUUUGACAAGUGUUGAUUAUCUUCCCUCUCUUUAUUGCACCAUACUUCUUUUUGGAAAAAGUUGGGAUUUUUUCACUAAGAUAUAUGUUCACAAAAAAAUAAUCAGUAAGUUCUUUACCUUCAUUCUUAUUUCGUCUUCAGUUAUUGUGUUUAUAUUUUUUUCACCGUUUACAUAUCACAAACCAAUACUAUCCGAUCGAUGCCAUCAAUUAGAACUUCUUAAAACAUGGGAUUUUGGCUGUUUUUAUCAUUUUGAAACAUAUGCUCAAUAUAAUGCUUAUGAUAGAGACCAUUACGCCGAAAUAUAUUACCAAUCUUUACCACCCCCAAAAGAAGAACUUGAGCCCCCGUCGGUUGCAGGAUCUGUCCAUCGGGCUAACCCAACAGAAGCACUAACUAAACGUAUAAAAUACACAAAGUCAGAAAUAAAUGCAGCUUUAGAAAAAUAUAAAAAUCUCACUUCCCUUGACACAGAAGAACGAAAACAACAACUCUACGAAGAAGGUCAGAAAAGAUUGGUACAAAGUGUUGUUGAAAGAAUCAAAAAAGCACAAAUGAAACUACACAACAUUACAGAAGAAGAAUGGGAAGAAAGAAACAACAUGGGGGAAAAAUACGUCCAGGAAAAUACAAUAGGAACUCCUACGGAAGAGAUUAACCCUAAACAUGUUUCUAGAAUUCAAGCUCAAUGGCUUCGUAUUACAAAUCCCCCUUCUGUUAACUUUACUGGAAAAUCCUAUGAAGAUAUGAAAGACCUCGAACAAGAGUUAAAUAAAGCGUCAACCAAAAUAGAUGGAAACAAAACAAGUUGUGACAAUAAUAACCCAAAAGAAGCCAUUGAAUAA